GAAACAAAUCCAAACCACUCAUAAAUCACUCCACUUCACCCAACAAAAGUAUUAGAUGAUGAGAAGAACAAACGUAUUGCCAUCAAAUCUCUGCACAGAUGGAAACCAUUUUAGCUCCUCACUCCUUCUCUUCGCUUUUCAAUCUUAAAUCCUCUCUCCAACAACAACAAAAUCCCAAAUCAAACUCAAACGCUUUCACUCUCGCAAACGCCAAACCCAUUUGUUGUAAUCUCAAGAAGGAUUCAGUUUUUCAAUCCUUUUCAGCAAUACCCAACACCACCAAUUGGGUUUCUCAUGUUCAGCGUGGAUUAGCUGCUUUAGCGAUCUCAUUAGCACUAAAUUUUACCCCUGUUUUGGCUGCCGGGUCUGCAUUUGCAUCUGAGUUUGAUGUCCUCAAUGACGGUCCUCCGAAAGAAAGUUAUGUGCUGGAUGAUGCCGGUGUUCUUAGCAGGGUAACUAAAUCCGAUUUGAAGAAUCUGUUGUCGGAUUUGGAGUACCGGAAGAAAAUUCGCAUUAAUUUCGUUACUGUUCGCAAACUCACGAGCAAAGCCGAUGCAUUCGAGUAUGCUGACCAAGUUUUGGAGCGUUGGUAUCCAACACUAGAAGAGGGAAACAACAAAGGGAUAGUGGUGCUUGUAACAAGUCAAAAAGAAGGAGCAGUGUCUGGAGGCCCUGAAUUCAUUAAGGCUGUUGGUGAUACUGUUCUUGAUGCCACUGUAUCCCAGAACCUUCCUGUGUUGGCGACAGACGAAAAGUACAAUGAAGCGGUUUAUAGUACUGCUAAACGGCUAGUUGCUGCAAUCGACGGCCUUCCGGAUCCCGGUGGGCCCGAAGCAAAGGAAAACAAAAGGGAAUCAAACUUUAAAACUAAGGAAGAGACAGCCGAGAAAAGAGAUCAGUUUACACUUGUUGUUGGAGGUUUGUUGGCUAUUGCUUUUGUUGUUCCCAUGGCACAAUACUAUGCCUAUGUCUCCAAAAAGUAGUUAUGCUUAUGCAUCAUGUCUAGUCGUAUAAAAUUGUCUUCAUGGAAUACAAGUGAGGAAUGUAAUUAGAAAGAUGAUAUUUUAAAUGUGGAUUUGUAUUGUUUACCGAAA